GAAAGAAAGAAAGAAAGAAAGAAAGAAAGAAAGAAAGAAAGAAAGAAAGAAAGAAAGAAAUAAUAUCCGAGGGUUGAUAUCUCCGAGGAACAUAUCUUGACAAGAAGAACUGAAGAAUUCUGAAAAACUGUGAACAUCUGUCUUGGAUCUCUGUGUCUAGAAUAUACCUGCAUGGAGUCAUACCUGCCUUCACUACUUAUAUUAGACCUGUGAACGCUGAUCUCCAGAGAUACUGGCAGAGGGCCUCUUAUCACUAUAUUCUGACUAGAACAUGUUCUGCUGACCCUGUCCCGUCUGGUCAUGGCUCCGUCCCUGGCCACAGCGUUUGCCAGGCGGUGGUGGAUGGCGGUGACAGCCAUCAUAGAGAACCUGCUGUUCUCAGCCGUCCUGCUGGGCUGGGGGUCACUACUCAUCAUGCUCAAGUCUGAAGGCUACUACUCCUACAUGUGCAAUGGAGAAGGUAACCACACCUCCUCCCCCAACCUGUCUGUCCCUCGCCCUCCACCAGGGGGCGAUGGUGACUACAGUGAUUACUACGCAGAGGGUGUGGUGGGGCUGGGGGACAGGGUAGAGAUGAGGCCCCUGGCCCCCCGGGACCCAGACGGCCCCAUGAGGAUGAACGGCUGGCUGAUCUGUAAGGACCAGGAUGAGAUGUUGAACCUGGCCUUCACCGUGGGAUCAUUUGUCCUCUCAGCCAUCACUCUGCCGCUGGGCAUCGUCAUGGACAAAUACGGACCACGCAACGUACGACUACUGGGCAGUGCCUGUUUCUCCUUCUCCUGUCUCCUCAUCUCCUACGGAGCAUACAACCCUGAUGAGCAGUCUAUCCUCAUCUUCAUCGCUCUGACGUUGAACGGCUUUGGAGGCAUGUGCAUGACCUUCACCUCCCUCACG